GCACAACGCGGAACUGGGCCCGGCACAACACGCCCCGUCCCGCCCCGGGCUCCGUCACUUCCCGAGCGCCGCGGCCCCGUCACCUCCGGGCGGGCGCGGCGGAGCGGCCGGGCGGGAGCGGCCGGUGUAAUGAGGAAAGGCUGAGAGAACUGGGAGUGUUCAACCUGGAGAAGAGAAGCUCUGAGGGGACCUAAUUGCGGCCUUCCAGCAGAGGCAGACUCCAAAAUCCACCAUGAUUUCUCUCUUUGAGCCCGAGUUUGUGAACGUCAUCAUCGGAGUGGUGUGCGGUGUGUGCCUGGGCUGGGGCAUCCGGGGGCGGCUCCGCAGGAAGCCUGGAGGAGCUGGAGCAGUGCCAGACCCUUCCAGCAGCCUGGGGGGCGAGCCUGACAUCAUGGGGGAGACAGGGGAGCUCAAGCUGGUGCUGAUCGUCCGCAACGACCUGAAGAUGGGCAAGGGCAAAGUGGCAGCGCAGUGCUCCCACGCUGCUGUCUCUGCCUACAAGCAGGUUCACAAGAGGAAUCCCGAGCUCCUGAAGCAGUGGGAAUAUUGUGGACAGCCCAAAGUGGUGCUCAAGGCUCCCGAUGAAGAGACUCUGGUGCAGCUGCUGGCUGAGGCCAAGCGCCUGGGGCUGACUGUGAGCUUGAUACAGGAUGCUGGGCGCACUCAGAUAGCUCCAGGCUCCAGGACAGUCCUUGGGAUCGGACCAGGACCAGCUGAUGUCAUAGAUAAAGUGUCUGGUCACCUGAAACUCUUCUGAACCGGUACCAAAAACACCUGGAUGUGUUCAUGUAUGUCGGUGCUGAAGGAAUGAAAAUCUAAGUUGGGUUUUUUUGCCAUCUCUUUCCUCAGUGUUAAUAAAAUAAGCAAGUUUUGUAACAUUUAAUUUGUAAA